AGAAACUUUUCCAGCUCUAGUCAACAAACCAAACCCGCGGGAGCCGAUGCCGUGUCCCUGGGCGAAAAAGGCAUAGCUUUGCCGUCCGCCAUGACUAGAGAUCCGAAGCUCCCCAAGCCGCCGCUGCCGCUGCCACCGGCGGCGAGGAGACUAGCAGCCUCCCCCAGCCUCUCCGACAAGCUCCGGAGGCACUCCCCCUGGCUCCUCCUCCUCAUCUGGUUCGCGCUCUCCUUCUCCCUCUUCCUCUCCGCCGCCCCUCCCGCCGCUUCCCCCCUCCUCCGCCGGCCCCCCGCCUUCCUCCACCACAAGCCCCGCGCCCUCGCGGAGGAAACCACGAGCGCGCCGCCCCCCGCCGUCCGGAUCUACGUCUACGACCUCCCGCGCCGCUUCAACCGAGACUGGCUCGCCGCCGACCCGCGGUGCGCGCGCCACCUCUUCGCCGCCGAGGUCGCCCUGCACGAGGCCCUUCUGGGGCACUACUCGGCCGUGCGCCCGGAGGACGCCGACCUCUUCUUCGUCCCCGUGUACGUCUCCUGCAACUUCUCCACGCCCAACGGGUUCCCGUCGCUGUCCCACGCGCGCGGGUUGCUAGCCGACGCCGUCGACCUCGUGCGCCGGGAGGCGCCAUACUGGAACCGCUCCGCCGGCGCCGACCACGUCUUCGUCGCGUCCCACGACUUCGGCGCGUGCUUCCACCCCAUGGAGGAUGUGGCCAUCGCGGAUGGCAUACCGGACUUCCUGAAGAGGUCAAUCCUGCUACAGACAUUCGGUGUACAGGGACCUCACGUGUGCCAGGAGGCGGAGCACGUGGUUAUCCCGCCACACGUGCCUCCGGAGGUGGCUCUUGAGAUACUGGAACUGGAGAAGACACGGAGGGACAUUUUUGCUUUUUUCCGAGGCAAGAUGGAGGUCCACCCUAAGAACAUUAGUGGCCGCUUCUACAGCAAGAAGGUGAGGACUGAGCUACUACAACGGUAUGGUCGCAAUAGCAAGUUCUACCUUAAGCGGAAGCGGUAUGACAACUAUCGAUCAGAGAUGGCUCGCUCAUUGUUCUGCCUCUGCCCUCUGGGAUGGGCACCAUGGAGCCCUCGGCUUGUGGAAUCGGUCCUCCUCGGUUGCAUUCCUGUCAUAAUUGCUGAUAAUAUACGGCUGCCAUUCCCUUCUGUCCUUCGGUGGUCAGAUAUCUCGUUGCAGGUGGCUGAGAAGGAUGUCGCCAGUCUUGAAAAGGUGCUAGACCAUGUUGUGGCAACCAACUUGACAGUGAUACAGAAGAACUUGUGGGACCCUGUGAAGCGGAAGGCGCUGGUCUUCAACCGCCGUUUAGAAGAGGGAGAUGCCACAUGGCAAGUGUUGAGGGAGCUGGAGGUUUUGCUAGACCGUUCUCAGAGUAGUUAUGUUGGAUCAUGGAGGAGGUGAAGACCCAAGGGAGAGGCACAUCGCUAAGGGAUUUUUUUGUUGGUUGCUGACAUCUAAUCUGUUGCAGCUGUGCAACAACAGCGUGCAGCUCACACUUGCUGCCUAGCCGACAAGAUCAAUAGUUGAGCAUCAGCACACCAGACAUGGAACUUUUUCUUGCCAGAAGUUCAGAAUGUCAAUUCUUCACAUUCUAUCGCAAUUUUUAGCGGUCAGUCGGAUGGUUUGCAAGUGGUGUAUAGUGUAACAACAGAACAGUAAUGGACUGACAAACUGGCAAGGUCUGUACAGGAAAUUAAUUUUAUUCAUUUGGUAAAGGAAGUAUAAAGAUUGUAUUACAGAGGAAUGAUUUGUGAAAAUGUACAUUUAUAUACUUGUAGAGUUGUUCUCAUGGUCCAUACAUCCAUGAACUAGAUGUCCAAGCUUGUUGUAUGAAAAUGGUUUCACUUAUAUUCCAAAAAGAAAAGGUUGUUUAAGUUU